UCUGUUCCAAACUCGGAGAGGGGAAAAUACUUCCUGGAUGCAGUAGUGGCACGGGAAAACUCUUGAACGCUCCAUUGUUUUUUCUACCUUGGCCCCCCCAGUUCCUGCGAUAUGGUCAGUAGCAGCAGCAGCAGCACCUGCACAGAAUGGACCCUUCUCCUCCUCCUAGAAUUUUGCCUUUAUCACCUCUGUGACAGCACAACAAUAAUCCCACGGUGUGUCCCAGGCCAGCUCGGUACUGAAUGCAACGCAACAGAGACGCCAGUAAUAAUUCCCCAGGCAGCUGAGGUGAAAAGAUCAAAGUGCCCUCCUUCAAUGGAAAGUUUUUGUCUUAAUGGAGACUGUGUGUACAUCCCACAUGAGAACAUACACUAUUGCAGGUGUGCGAAAGGUUUCAGCGGCGUCAGAUGCAUGCACUUUGAACUGGUUCAGCAACCAAUCAGCAAGGAGGAUGUGGCGCUGACAGUGGCUAUAACUUUCCUUGUGUUCGUGGGCCUGCUAAUUGCCUCUUAUCUGAUCUACAUGAGAUGCAGAAAGAACAGAUCCAAACAUCAACCACAUGACACAAGAGAGAAAAAUCCAACCACAGUUGAAUCUAAAGAGCCAUUCUUGGGGCUGAACACGUUACCUCCAAGCACAGCAUUUCAGAACAUGCUUUACUGUUAAACACAGUCAUUAAUUUAAAGUAUUUAAAGUAAUUGCACUAAAUGGUGAUAGUAAUGAUGGUAUUAUGGGCCACCUUCAGCCACAGGUGUAUGGGUGCUCCUCAUUUCCUGAUUUCCAACCUGAAUGAUGUGGUUCUAGUUUUAGUCUCGAUUCUCCUUCUCAGAUGGAAUUCCUGCACUGCAGAAAUUCACCAAGGCUCCUUAGACAGCACCUUCCAAACCCACGACUACUA